UUGCACUGUGAUCUUUGGAUGGAAAACAAGUUUAAUCAGGGUGGCUUGGUGGCACAUAUACCUCCUCCCCCUGGCUACUUUGUGCAACUAGAAAAUCCCGACGGUCUGUUUUUGAAGAAAAGAACGAGGAUGCGUCGGUGGCUUUGCUGUUCGUGUCAGGUCGAGGAGAAUUACCAAUCGCGUGAAAACGAGCAUUUGAAAUGUACUUCAGAUGGACAUCAAAAGAACUCAAAGGUGGUUUCUCCUAUCAAACCCGAAGAGCGAAAAUCGUCGUCACUUAUUGAAGUGCCUGCAUUAUCAUUGGAAGAACUGAAAGAAAAGACUGACAAUUUCGGAUCAAAUGCUUUAAUUGGGGAGGGUUCCUAUGGAAGAGUUUAUUAUGCAAACUUGAAUGAUGGAAAAACUUUGGCUGUUAAAAAGCUUGAUGUUUCCGCUGAGCCUGAGCCCAAUGUAGAGUUUUUAACCCAGGUUUCCAUGGUUUCAAGAUUGAAGCAUGAAAAUUUUGUCGAGUUGCAAGGUUACUGCAUUGAUGGAAAUAUCCGUCUGCUUGCAUAUGAGUUUGCAACAAUGGGAUCAUUACAUGACGUAUUACAUGGAAGGAAGGGAGUUCAAGGGGCGCAACCAGGUCCGGUGCUUGACUGGAUGCAGCGGGUAAGGAUUGCCAUUGAUGCGGCAAGGGGGUUGGAGUACUUGCAUGAGAUGGUUCAACCCUCUGUUAUACACAGAGAUGUAAGAUCAAGUAAUGUGCUUAUCUUUGAAGAAUUCAAAGCCAAGAUUGCAGAUUUUAACAUCUCAAAUCAGUCUCCGGACAUGGCAGCUCGUCUUCAUUCUACUCGAGUUUUGGGGACAUUUGGCUAUCAUGCUCCAGAGUAUGCAAUGACGGGACAGUUAACACAGAAGAGUGAUGUUUAUAGCUUUGGGGUUGUUCUUCUAGAGCUUCUAACUGGGAGGAAACCGGUUGACCACACAAUGCCUCGUGGACAGCAGAGUCUUGUUACCUGGGCUACUCCAAGACUGAGUGAAGAUAAAGUUAAAGAAUGUGUGGAUCCAAACCUGAAGGGAGAGUAUCCUCCUAAAGGAGUUGCCAAGUUGGCGGCUGUAGCUGCAUUGUGUGUACAGUACGAAGCUGAGUUCCGUCCCAACAUGGGCAUCGUUGUUAAGGCUCUCCAACCAUUAUUGAAGGCUCAAACACCAGCAGCAUCCCCAACAUCAGAGACUUGAAAAUCAAAAAGCAGAUAGACAUUAUUCCAUUCUCUUCACUUUUUAUCAGAAAAUUUCUGAAACCUAUGCACAGUUUGGUUUCAUUUCAUUUUCAUUGCACAUU